AUGCUGGGGAGGCGGGUCGCAGGGGGAUGGGGUGUUUGCGGGCGGAGAGCGGGUUGUCACGUGGAGCUCGGGGCGCCGGCGCGGCCGGGUCGCCCGGGCACUCGGCCGGGCUCACGGCCGCGGCAUUCCUCAGCCGACGGUCGGCCGCUACGCUAUGCGCGCCGUCGUGCUAACCGCUGCGCCCGCCGCGGCACCCAGCUCGGCCCAAACGAGCCGGCUCCGAGGCGCGUCCCGCGGCGUCGUCGCUCCGUUGCGCUGAGCCACGGGCUGCAUGGUGGAGGGCGUCGUGCGGGGGGCGGGGAGGCAGGUGGCUCCGCGCAGGUGCGGCCCGCGCGAGGCCUGGGGCUCUGUUAG